GAGGAGGAGGAGGAGGAGGAGGAGGGCGAGGAAAAAGAGAAGGAGCCAGCCUCUGACCGCAGGAGAGAAGAAUGGGAGUAAGGGGCAAAAGAGAGCCAAGAAGGGUCACGGCUUCUAGAAAGACUGGGCGCUCUGAGACUCGCUCCUGGGGCUUCUGAAUCCCGGAGGGCUUGGCAAGAUCGCAGUGAGCUGGCGAGACUGGGCACGGUAACUGCAGAGACUGGGGCAUGGAGAGGAACAGCUCGGGCGGAGCGAAGCUGAGCGCCAGCCACCGCCUGGCAGGGGAUGGGCAGCAGCAGCAGCCCCUGAAGUCCUGUGCCCUGGGCAGCGCAGGCAGCGGCGGCGGCGGUGGCGGCGCUGGUACCGGUAGCGCCCCUCGGGGCCAGGCUGGGGCGGCGGCGGAUCUCGGGGAGCUCCUCCAGAGAGCCCAGGAUUUCAAGAACCAAGGAGCGCAGUGCUACAAGGACAAGAAAUUCCGCGAAGCCAUCGGCAAAUACCACCGGGCGCUUCUGGAGCUCAAGGGGCUGCUGCCAGCCCUGGAGGAGCGGGACAAGGACACCCAGGCACCGUCCACCGCCCACGGGGCCAAGCUGGGCCACUUAACUGAGGAGCAGAGCAAGACGGUGGAAGCCGUAGAGAUCGACUGUUACAACAGCCUGGCAGCCUGUCUGCUCCAAGCUGAACUGGUGAAUUAUGAGCGAGUCAAGGAGUAUUGUCUCAAAGUUCUGAAGAAAGAAGGGGAAAAUUUCAAAGCCCUCUACCGAUCAGGUGUGGCUUUCUACCACCUGGGGGACUAUGACAAGGCCCUCUACUACCUGAAAGAAGCGAGGUCCCGGCAACCAACAGAUACCAAUGUGAUACGAUAUAUCCAACUGACAGAGAUGAAACUCAGCAGAUGUUCCCAGAGAGAGAAAGAAGCCUUGUAACCAGGAAGCUUCCUUCAGAGAUGGACCCAUGGUGGACAUUGUGCUUCCAGGGGCCCAGCAGGUGGAUUUCCCCUUCCUGGGUUUGGUCCCUUUCCUGCCCCUCUCCCAUCUUCCUUCGAAAGCCCCCUUAACUCUUUGUUUACUCCCAGUAUGAAGAGAAAGAGAGAGAGCAAGAGAAGCCAGCUUAGAACCUGGCCAGUUGCCAGAAAAUGGUCAAAGUUCCCUUGAUGAGAAGAAGCCUGAAGAGGAGAUUUGUGUCAGAGUUGGAAAAGGCUUAGCUGGUGGUUUCCACUGCCGGGAUCAUGCCUGGAAGGCAAUUCAUCUUAAAGUCUUGAGUCUUCACCUUGAGUCUGUAAGCUUGUCCCUUCUAAUCACCUCCCUGAUGGACUAAGCCAUCCCAACCCAGUCCUAACAGACACAUCUGGAAGAUGGCCACAGAAAGAGCUGGUGACCCCAACCCCCUCCUAGAGGGACAUAGAUGUGCACAUCAACUUCCCUCCCCCUCCCACACUCCUAUUCUUGGCUCCUGUUGCAUUCUGUGUGCCCCCAAUCCCAAAUCUCCAUUUGGGGUUCUAGGACUCGGUUACAAGCUCAUCCACCACUGAAGCCCCUACUAAAUGCCUUCUCAGUGAACUUACAUCCUAUUUCCACAUAGUAACUUUGAUGGCAGACAGGAGCAGGUAUGGGAAGAUCAGGGCAAGGGAAACGGUGAGGGAAGGGGGACAGUGAUGCAAAAGCUGAAAAGGCUUUGUAUAAAUCAGGGGAUAAAACUAUGGACUAAUGAAGUGCAAAUAAAAAUAAAUUAAUAGGUGAUAAUUCCUGUCAUUUCUUUUUGAAAUAGCCCCCCUAACCGUUUUCCCACCCCUCACCCCAUACGUGGAGUGAAGGAUGUACUCACAUAGCAUUGGAUGACCUUCAGAGCAGCUGACCAUUUGCUUAGUGCCCUGUGCAGUUGCUUGUACUCUGUACUGUGUGUCCUCUGCAGAGGUGUCUACCCCCAGCAUGUAUACUCCCAAUCCAAUCCAACAAGCAUUUAUGUAAAGUACCUCCUGUGUUCUAGGACUGUUUUAGGUGCUGGAGACACAAAGACAAAAUAAAAAUAGUCCCUGCCCUCAAGGAGCUUGCAUUCUUCCCUGCCUUAACCUAAGUAUAACCUAGUCAAGGUUGGGUAGAUAGACUUCAGUGGAGCGAUGAGUCCAUUUUUGGAUAGCUAUAAUUGUUAGGAAAUUUUCUCUUAUUUUGAGACAAAAAUCUGUCUCCUUCCUACUUCUGUCCAUGGGGCUUGAUCAUAGGCCAAAUAAAGCAAAUUGAAUCUCUCUCUCAUAUAAUAACCCUUCAAUGUCUACCACCAAGUUGUGUCUUCUCUAGGCUAAAUAUCCCCUGGCAGGGUUUCUAAGUAUCCUCAUCAUCCUGGUCACCCUCCUCAAAGCAUUUUACACUUUGACCGUGCUUUCCUUAAACUAGGGUGUUCAGAGCUGGGCUCACUGUUCCAGAUGUGUUCUGAACAGGACUCAACACAACGUCGUUCUCCCUUCUUACAUCUGGACAUCACACCCUCGGAUUGUGUUAGCUUUUCUGGCAGCCAAGCACACUGCUGACUUCUCCAUCACUCGUAGUCUACUAAAAAUUGCCAGGUCUUUGUCACAUGGAUUGCUUUCUGGGCUUAUCUUCCUCACCUUGUAGUUGCACAGUUGGUUUUUCUGAGCCCAAUGUCAGGACAUUACGCUUACCCUUAUUAAAUUACAUCUUAGCUUCAGCCCAACAUUCUAUCCAGCUGAAAUCUCUUUGGAUCCCACAUCUUAGAUUCCAUUGUAUUAUUGAUCCUGCCCAUCUCAAGGACAACCAUUUCAUAAAACCUGCUAUAUGAUAUGUUUUUCCAUUGACACUGAUAUCAGUUCUGUCUUUCCUAAUCAUCUUUAUAGCCCACCGAUUCUCAAACAUUUUGGCCUCAGGACACCUUUACCUUCUUAAAAAUUAUUGAAGACCCCAAAGAGCUUUUGUUUAUGUGGGUUAUAGCUAUCAUAAUUUACUGUAUUAGAAGAGUACAAAUAGAUAAAAUUUUAAAAUAUUUAUUCAUUAAAAAUAGUAAUAAACCCAUUAUACAGUAACAUAAAUGACAGAUUUUUAUGAAAAAUACUAUUUUCCAAAACAAAAAAAAAUUAACUGAGAAGAGUGGCAUUGUAUUACAUGUUUUUACAAAUCUCUUUAAUGUCUAACUUAAUAGAAAACUACUAGGUUUUCACAUCGGCUUUUGCAUUCAAUCUAUUGUGAUAGGUUGUUUUGGUUGAGGUUUAUGAAGGAAAUCUGGCCUCACACAGAUAUGUAGUUGGAAAAGGAAGGAGUAUUUUAGUAGGCAAAUAACAUUUUAGUAUUAGUAUGAAAGUAAUUUUGCCCUCAAGGAAGUCCUGAAAGGAUCAUGGGGCCCCUCAUGGGUCCAUGGAACAUACUUUGAGAACCAUUACGUUAAGCCAUGAUCAAGCCAAACAAAGGCAUGGAGAUUGAGUCUCAUCUUUGAUUCUCCUUAGCUCAAGCUUAACAGUAGUUCAUGGUUAUACUGCACUUUACAGUUUACAAAGCACUUUCCUCACAAAGAUCCUGUAAGAUAGGUAGUGCAAGGACUGUUAUCUCUGUUUGACAGAUGAGAAAAUUGGGAAUCAUCAAGAUGAAAUAUCUGUGAGGUAAAUCAAUCAGUAAGCAUUUGCUAAGUGCUGUUGGGGAUACAGAGACACUUAUAAAACUUUUCCCAUCCUCAAAUGCAAGGAAAUUUUGGUAGGGUAGGUCCUAGCAGUAGAGGGAAUCUGGAAAGAUCACAUGUAGGAGGAGGGGGUACUUGGGCUGAGCUUUGAAGAAGGCUAGGAUUCUAAGAGGGGUGGCUGAGUAGUGCAGUGGAUAGAGUGACAACCCCAGAGUCAAGAAGGCUCAUCUUCCUGAGUUCAAAUUUGGCCUCAGA